AUGGGUACCUGUUGCUCCUGUUCUCGGAAAGCUCAUCAGACUGAAGAAGUUGGCGAAAUCAAAAUAGAUGAUCUGAAGACAAUAUUUCGAGAAUUUGAUUUGAAUGGUGAUGGAUACAUUCAGAAGGAAGAAUUGCUGUCUGUCAUGCAAAGAAUGGGUCAAUCGCCAACUGAUGAUGAACUUGAAGCAAUGUUAAAUGCUGCAGAUAAAGACCAAGAUGGACGUAUUGAUUUUGAAGAAUUUCUGACAGUUGCGUAUGCUAAUCCAUUGUCUCUAUCAUUAAGAGCAGUCUUUGAAGAAUUGGAUGUUGAUGGAGAUGGAUAUAUCACAAGAUCAGAAUUACGAACUGCUUUUCAACGUAUGGGACAUUCCUUGACUGAUCAGGAUAUCAAAGCUAUAUAUAAGCAUGUUGAUUCAAACAAUGAUGGCAAAAUCAAUUUCAAAGAAUUCUGCCAUAUGAUGACAAAAAAGAAGUUGUAA